UGUACACAAGCUUACAGUGUGUGGCGAAAUGACAGUUGAGGUAACAACACCUGAGCUGCUGUUUUACUGUUAUUUCCAUAACUUUAUGUCCUGCGUGCUGUCUCCGGGUUAAAGUCGUGAAAAUGGAGCAGGACCAGCAGAUGCGGUCUUUCAUGUUCCUGAUGACUUACAUGCUGCUGAAGCGCAGGAGAGACAUGAACAACGCCAACAUCCAGAGGCGCAAUGAGAUCCAAAGACGCAUCCGACACCGACAGUACUUCUUCCAGAGACAGAGGAGGAUGCUCAUGAUGAUGAUAGCCGGAAGUAUCCGCUCCAAUGUCCGCAUCCGCACGCGUCCAUGGACCACCACUCCAAGCACUGAUUGGUGGGAGCGGGUGGUAAUGACAGAAUUCCAGCCCUCUGAUUGGCUAGAUAAGUUCCGUAUGAGCCGGGAGACAUUCUUCUACCUCUGCGACAAACUGAGGCCCCGUCUUGCUCGCCAGGACACCAGCUUCCGCCUGGCGCUGCCGGUGGAGAAACGUGUGGCCGUGGCUUUGUGGCGUCUUGCAUCAAACAUCGAGUACCGCACCAUCAGCACGUUGUUUGGUGUGGGGAAGUCCACUGUGUGCAGGUGUGUUCGAGACAUGUGUCACGCCAUAGUGGCACUCCUCAGCUCAAUCUACCUGCGGACCCCCAGUGAGCAGGAGCUGGAGGAUUCAGCCCAGCUCUUCCUGUCCCACUUUGGCUUUCCUCACUGUGUCGCUGCCAUAGCAACACUCCACACAGCUAUCAUCACUCCAUCAAACAACGCAUCUGACUAUGCUAACCCUGCCGGCUGGCUUUCGGUGCUGUCUCAGGUGGCUGUCAGUGGCCGGGGGCAAUUCUGGGAUGUAUGUGCCAGUUUCCCAGGUGGAACAGACCCAGCUGACAUCUUACAGAACUCAUCACUGUGGGCCACAGCUGCAGAGGGUGGACUGUCACCUACCCCACUACCUUUAUUCAUGGGAAAGCCACUCAGGUAUGUGCUGCUGGGAGAGGCCUGCUACCCACUCCAGAGCUGGCUGAUGAAGGCUUACCCUGAAGAAAAAGGCAGGAGGGCAAGUCAUGCAGCACUGACAGAGCCACAGCGACUCUUUAACCAGAGGCUCACCAGAGCACUUUGUGUGUCCGAGGAAGCGCUGCUGAGGCUGAGGGCGCGCUGGCAGUGCCUGAGCAAGAGGAACGACUGUGGACUGGAUGUAGUGCCCACCAUGAUCCUGGCUUGCUGCAUUCUGCACAACAUGUGUGAGUCCCACGGUGACGACUUCAAGGCAGAGUGGCAGGUGCAGGUGGCCGAAGCAGAGAGCCCUCAGCCCAGCCAUAAGCAGCUGCUCUCAACCAGUAUGGACCAAAGUCAGGCUGAGGAGGUCCGGCACCUCUUCUGUGACUAUUUUGAACAGCAAAGUAAUUGAUAAAGGACUAAUAUUUUUGAAAAACCUUGUAAAUUUUUGUACUCAUACUAUUAUAUUUUUGUUACACUAUCAACAUGGGUAUACUGUAGAGAUCGCUGUGUCAGUCUGUCACUUGUUCAGCCAGUGAAGUAUGAACAUGUAUCUUUAUGCUAACUGUAGCCAGGCAUGUUAAAGCUUGGCAAUAUUAGCAUAAAUCUCAAACCAUGGCAGAUUCUAAAUGCAUUUCACUCUGACAAAGUCAGAUCAGACUAAUUAAAAAUAAGCCAAAUCUGAUAAUGUUAUGCCACAAAAUCAUUACAGGAACAACUAUGCUGGGUUUUUUUUACCCCACUAACAGUAAGGAUCUUAAAGCAGCAAAACUUUUUCCCAUUUUAUUUGUGAAUCCAUUAAACUAUUUUGUCUUCUGUAUGUAAUAAAACUCCUAUUUAUCAUGACAAUGCCCUCAUU